AGGAGGAGGGAACCCAAGAUGGCGGCGGCGGCCCGGCCGGGAGGACCGGGCAGGCCUCGGGCUUGAAGCGGGCGGAUCGCGGGGCUGGUGGGGGCCGCUUAUCGCGGCCAGGCGGCGGCAGGGCCGGGGGGGACUGGCUGAGCAGGUCGGCGGAUUCACCGUGGUGCUCUCGUCCCCCCCCUUUCCCCGUGUCUUGGGGAGGGGGGGGCGGCCCGGGGGCCUGUGAGGGGGCGGCCCGAGGGCCUGUGAGGGGGCGGCGGGGGCCUCCAUGGCCCCCUGAGGGGGUCCCCCGCGGGUAGCGAGGGAACCCCUUCCCCUCGGUUGGGGAGGAUGGAAGAGGGGGAGCAGCAGCGCGGAGGGGGCGGUUGGGCCGAGUGGGGGCCCGCCCCGGGGGGGUCCCCGCCUUGGGGCACCCCCCCACCGCCUGAGGGGGAUGAGGAAGCAAAACGGGGCCGCGGUGGGGAGUGGGGGCGUACGGAGCCCACCGGAGAAGCCGUUCCCCCCCGACCGGCUGCCGCCCCCCUUAAAACCGCGGGGGAGGAGAGGGCCGCGGCCACCCCUCGCCCCCCCAAAACCGGUGGGGAGCCGCGGGUUAAAGGCGGGGGGACCGGCAAGGGACCCGGUGGGCGUCCCCCGGGUGAGGAGCGAAGCCCCCGUAAGACCCCAGAGGAACGAGGGGCCCGGAGCGGGGAUCGCCCAGGCCCUGAGGAGAAGGCCCGGAGGCCUUUUGGGGGUCCCCGUAGUGGAGGGGAAGCCCCUCGGGGUCCCCCCACCGUUGGGGAACAGCGGGGCGAAUGGGGGACGCCUUGGUUAUCGGUGACCGGUGAACUGGAACCCCCCGAGGACUUUUUACCCCCCCCCGAAUGUCCCGUUUUUGAGCCCAGCUGGGCCGAAUUCAGCGACCCCCUGGGUUACAUCGCCAAGAUCCGCCCCAUCGCCGAGAAAAGCGGCAUCUGCAAGAUCCGACCCCCGGCUGACUGGCAGCCCCCCUUCGCCGUGGAGGUGGACAACUUCAGGUUUACCCCUCGCAUCCAACGCCUCAACGAACUAGAGGCACAGACCCGGGUGAAGCUGAACUACCUGGACCAGAUCGCCAAGUUUUGGGAAAUCCAGGGUUCCUCGCUCAAGAUCCCCAACGUCGAGCGACGCAUCCUUGACCUCUACAGCCUCAGCAAGGUGGUGAUGGAGGAAGGGGGGUACGAGGCCAUCUGCAAGGACCGGCGGUGGGCUCGGGUGGCCCAACGCCUCGCUUACCCCUCGGGGAAAAACAUCGGCUCGCUGUUGCGCGCCCACUACGAACGCAUCAUCUACCCCUACGAGAUGUACCAGUCGGGGGCCAACCUGGUGCAGUGCAACACGCGGCCCUUCGAGAGCGAGGAGAAGGAUCGGGAGUACAAACCCCACAGCAUCCCGCUGCGCCAGUCCGUCCAGCCCUCCAAGUUCAACAGCUACGGCCGUCGGGCUAAACGCUUGCAGCAGGAGCCGGAACCGACGGAAGAAGACAUUGAGAAAAACCCGGAGCUGAAGAAAUUGCAAAUCUACGGUGCCGGCCCCAAAAUGUUGGGGUUGGGGCUGGUGGCCAAAGACAAGACCCUGCGUAAGAAAGAUAAAGAAGGUCCCGAGUGUCCCCCCACGGUUGUGGUGAAGGAGGAACCGGUGGCACCCGAGGCCAAGGUGGAGCCGGCGUCUCCCCGCGCUUACCUGGAGGGGAAGGAGGAGCUGCGGCACAGCCCCGAGCCCUGCACCAAAAUGACCAUGCGCCUGCGCCGCAGCCACAGCAACAGCCAAUUCGUCGAUUCCUACAUCUGCCGGAUCUGCUCGCGGGGGGACGAGGAUGACAAACUGCUGCUCUGCGACGGCUGCGACGACAAUUACCACAUUUUCUGCCUCCUCCCGCCCCUGCCCGAAAUCCCCAAGGGCAUCUGGCGCUGCCCAAAAUGCGUCAUGGCGGAAUGCAAGCGACCGCCGGAAGCUUUCGGCUUUGAGCAGGCGACGCGGGAAUACACCCUGCAGAGCUUCGGGGAGAUGGCCGACUCCUUCAAAGCCGACUACUUCAACAUGCCCGUCCACAUGGUCCCCACGGAGCUGGUGGAGAAAGAAUUUUGGCGGCUGGUGAACAGCAUCGAGGAGGACGUGACGGUGGAGUACGGCGCCGAUAUCCACUCCAAGGAAUUCGGCAGCGGUUUUCCCAUCAGCGACGGCAAAAGGAAGCUCUCGCCGGAGGAGGAGGAGUACGCCGGCAGCGGUUGGAACCUGAACGUGAUGCCGGUGUUGAAACAAUCAGUGCUGUGCCACAUCAACGCCGAUAUUUCGGGGAUGAAGGUGCCCUGGCUCUACGUGGGGAUGGUCUUCUCCGCCUUCUGCUGGCACAUCGAGGACCACUGGAGCUACUCCAUCAACUACCUCCACUGGGGUGAGCCCAAGACGUGGUACGGGGUCCCCUCCUUCGCGGCAGAGCACCUGGAAGAGGUGAUGAAGAAGCUGACGCCGGAGCUCUUUGAAAGCCAGCCCGACCUGCUCCACCAACUCGUCACCCUCAUGAACCCCAACACCCUCAUGGCCCACGGUGUCCCCGUCGUACGGACCAACCAGUGCGCCGGCGAGUUCGUCAUCACCUUCCCCCGGGCGUACCACAGCGGUUUCAACCAGGGUUACAACUUCGCCGAGGCCGUCAACUUCUGUACUGCCGACUGGCUGCCCGCCGGCAGGCAGUGCAUCGAGCACUACCGUCGUUUGCGACGUUACUGCGUCUUCUCCCACGAAGAACUCAUCUGUAAGAUGGCGGCUUGCCCCGAAAAGCUGGACCUCAACUUGGCGGCCGCCGUUCACAAAGAAAUGUUCGUCCUGGUGCAGGAGGAACGUAAACUCCGCAAAGCUCUGCUGGAAAAGGGUAUCACGGAGGCAGAGCGGGAAGCUUUCGAGCUGCUCCCCGACGACGAGCGGCAGUGCGAUAAAUGUAAGACGACGUGUUUUUUGUCGGCGCUGGCUUGUUACGACUGUCCCCAGUGCCUCGUCUGCCUCUACCACAUGGACGAUCUCUGCAAGUGCCCCCGCAGCAAGCAGUACCUCCGGUACCGCUACACGCUGGACGAGCUGCCGGCCAUGCUGCACAAGCUGAAGGUGCGAGCCGAGUCCUUCGACACCUGGGCCAACAAAGUCCGCAUCGCGCUGGAGGUGGAGGAUGGCCGCAAGCGGACGCUGGAGGAGCUGCGGGCGCUGGAGUCGGAGGCGCGGGAGCGCAAAUUCCCCGAGAACGAGCUGCUGCAUCGGCUCAAGGGCUGCCUGAGUCAGGCCGAGCGCUGCGUUUCCGAGGCCCUGGGGCUCAUCAGCUCCCAGGAGACCGGGGUACCAGCGCCCUCGCUGACGGUGGAGGAGCUCCGCGUCUUCCUGGAGCAGAUGAACCAGCUGCCCUGCGUCAUGCACCAGAUCGGCGAGGUCCAGACCUUGCUGGAACGCGUGGAGGCCUUCCAAGCGGAGGCGAGGGCAGCGCUGGAAUCCGCCCCGCCGGGACAGGGGGCUUUGCGGGGAUUGCUGGAGCGAGGAGCCCGGUUGGGCGUGGAGGUGCCGGAAAGUCGACGUUUGGAACGACAAGUGGCCCAGGCCGCUUGGUUAGAGGAGGUGACGGCCACCCUGCGGUCCCCUCGCGCUCGUGUCCCCCUCCCCGUCAUGAGGGGUCUCAUCCAGGCCGGCCGUACCGUCGCCCCCAGCCCGGCCGUCGACGUGGCCAUGGCGGAGCUGCAGGAGCUGCUCACCAUCGCUCAGCGCUGGGAGGAGAAAGCUCAGAUGUGCUUAGAGGCCAGGCAGAAGCACCCCCCGGCCACGCUGGCCGCCAUCAUCAAGGAAGCGGAAAACAUCCCGGCUCUCCUGCCCAACAUCCAGGCGCUGAAAGAAGCCCUGGCCAAAGCCCGCGCCUGGAUCGCCGACGUUGAGGAGAUCCAGAACGGCGACCACUACCCCUGCCUGGAUGAUCUGGAGGGGUUGGUGGCGGUGGGUCGGGACCUACCGGUGCGGCUGGAGGAACUGCGGCAACUGGAGGUGCAGGUCGGCACGGCUCAUUCCUGGCGGGAUAAAGCUUCCCGUACCUUCCUGAAGAAAAAUUCCUGCUAUACUUUGUUGGAGGUGCUGUGUCCCUGCGCCGACGCCGGCUCCGACAGCAGCAAGCGGCUGAAGUGGCGGCAGGAGCCGGGGCUUUACAAACUGGACGCCGAGAGCUUGGGGCUGUCGGCUCAGGAUCUCCGCGAUCCCGGCGCUGUGAUCGUGGCGUUUAAAGAAGGGGAGCAGAAAGAAAAGGAGGGGAUGCUCCGGCUACGUCACGCCAACGCCCAAAAAGCCGCGCCGCCUCUCCCGGGUCCCGGACCACCAUCUUGCGUCUGCGGGCAACCGGCGAGCCCCGGCAUGCUGCAGUGCCAGCUCUGCCGGGACUGGUUUCACGGCGCUUGCGUAGCCUGGCCCCGUUUGGGUUCUCAAAAACCCUCUCCGGCUUGGUGGGAGUGGGACGCCAAAUUUCUCUGCCCUCUUUGCCAACGAUCGCGGCGUCCUCGUUUGGAAACCAUCUUGGCGUUGUUGGUGGCUCUUCAGAAGUUGCCGGUUCGAUUGCCGGAGGGCGAAGCUUUGCAGUGUUUGACCGAACGAGCCAUCACUUGGCAGGAUCGCGCCCGUCAGCUCCUCGCUUCUCCCGACGUAGCCGGCCCUUUGGAACGCUUGGCGGCUCUUCGGCAUCGCCUGCACGGGGACGGGACCGGCGCUUUGCGGGAAACCAGCCGCAACGAGCAGACCAAGGUGUCGGUGGAGAACGGCGAUGCCCCCAGCCCGGAGAAGAACGGUCCCCUGCCCUCGGAGCUGGAGGCGCUGAGCGCGGCGCUGCCGCGGCUGCAGGGCCCGGUGCUGGAGCUGGCGGAGGGGGCGCGGCGGCCGCUGGAGGAGCUGAUGAUGGAGGGGGACCUGCUGGAGGUGACGCUGGAUGAGGCCCAGAGCAUCUGGCGGUUGCUGCAGGCCGCCCGCCCGCCCCCCCUCCCGCUCUUCCGUCUCCUCCUCGAGCUGGAGCAGGCGGAGCGGCGGGGGGCUCGCGCCCGUGGCCGGGACCCCGAAAGACGUCGGAAACGCCGGGUGGAGCGGGGUGACCUCCCCGCCCUGGCCAAGGAGGAGCUGGAGCCAAAGAGGAGUCGGGGUCCCGAGGGGGGGACCCCCCGGGACAGCCCCCCGCCCGGCCCCCACACCCCGGGGGACUCGUGACGUGGAGCCCCCAGCUCGGACGGACGCGCCUGCCGGCGGUGGGGGAGGGACUUGGGGGGGGGGGCACGCCGGGCCCCCCCACCCCGGUGCCCACAAACCCCCCCACCCAACCCAACCCUGGACUGGGGGGGCUCCCCCCUUCCCCCCCCCCCCCCCCGCGAUGUAAUUAUUUGAGUUGAUUUCUUUUGUAUCGUUAAGCCCCCCCCCGGGGGGGGGCCCACACACACACAGAUGGGGGUCCGGGGGUC